AUGUGGUUCAAGAACAUUAAUGAAUUAACCACCUUGAAUUUACCAUAUUUGCAGAUGAAGAACAAAUUAAAAACAGAAAAAUCGAAUGUCACUACAAUGAUGGAAUUUGUUCUCUUGGGCUUUUCUGAUGUCCCAAGUAUGCAGUGGAUUCUAUUUGGGAUAUUUUUAGUCAUCUAUCUGACCAUCCUCAUGUGCAAUAGCAUCAUUAUACUGAUAACAAAAAUUGACCCUGCUCUCCACACCCCCAUGUAUUUUUUUCUCAGCAAUUUUUCCUUUCUAGAAAUCUGUUAUGUCACAGUCACUAUCCCUAGAAUGCUCAUGGACCUUUUGAGACAAAAAGGAAAGAUUUCUUUGCUCGCUUGUGCAACACAAAUGUGUUUCGUCCUUAUAUUCGGAGGCUCGGAGUGUCUCCUCUUGACAGUGAUGGCUUAUGACCGCUAUGUGGCCAUUUGUAACCCUCUGCAUUACACUGUAGUGAUGAACCAGAAGGUCUGUGUCCAGCUGGUGAUUGCCUCCUGGGUCAGUGCAGUUCCCUUCAUAAUUGGGCAAACAUGGCAGAUUUUUUCUUUGCCCUUUUGUGGAUCUAACACAAUUAAUCAUUUCUUCUGUGACCUCCCAGCUGUACUCAAGCUAGCUUGUGGGGACACGUUUGUGAAUGAGGUAAUACUCUAUGGAUCUGCUGUGGUAUUUAUCAUAAUUCCAUUUCUGUUGAUUGUUGCCUCCUAUGGCAAAAUUAUUUCCAACAUUCUGAAACUAUCAUCAGCCAGAGGCAAGUCUAAAGCCUUCUCCACCUGUUCCUCUCACCUCAUAGUUGUCAUCUUAUUCUAUGGCACAGCUACCAUCACUUAUUUACAACCCAAACCAAAUGAAUCUGAAGGAAUUGGAAAACUGAUCUCUCUUUUCUACACCGUUUUGAUCCCGACAUUGAAUCCCAUCAUAUACACUCUGAGGAACAAAGACAUCAUGGUGGCACUGAAAAAACUACUAACUAAGUCAUUACAAUGA